CGGGCGCGCAACUUCGCAGAACCUCACCGCCCCAUCUCUCCUCGCCUCAGUCUCCUCUUUCCUCUCCCAGGCGAGAGGACCAGCGGAGGCACCGCUCUCGAGUCUUAGACUGCAGUCUAAGACUUAGUGAGAGGAGCCCGGGAGGAGAUAGCCCUUUUCCCAUCCCUUUUUGCUUGGAGAGGCGAGCAGAGGCGCGGAGCUUAAGAAAGUUCUUAAGUGGUCGGGAAGCAGCUAAUGCGCAUCGGAGCCGCGCUCUGCAGAGCCAGAGGGCGGGUCGGCUUCUCCGUGUGCGCCUAAGAGGAUGGAUCGCAGGUCCCGGGCUCAGCAGUGGCGCCGAGCUCGCCAUAAUUACAACGACCUGUGCCCACCCAUAGGCCGCCGGGCAGCCACUGCACUCCUCUGGCUCUCCUGCUCCAUCGCGCUCCUCCGCGCACUUGCCACCUCCAACGCCCGUGCCCAGCAGCGCGCGGCUGCCCAGCAGCGCCGGAGCUUCCUUAACGCCCACCACCGCUCCAGCGCCCAGGUGUUCCCCGAGUCCCCUGAAUCUGAGUCUGACCACGAGCACGAGCACGAGGAGGGAGACCUUGAGCUGUCCCUCCCCGAGUGCCUGGAGUACGAGGAAGAGCUCGACUACGAGACCGAGACCGAGACCGAGUCCGAAAUCGAGUCCGAGACUGACUUCGAGACCGAGCCUGAGACUGCCCCCGCCACCGAGCCUGAGACCGAGCCAGAAGACGAGCGCAGCCCCCAGAGCUCCACCUUCAAUCAGUCUCUUACCCAGCGUCUGCACGCUCUGAAGUUACAAAGCCCCGACGCCUCCUCGAAUCUUGCGCAGCCCACCACUCAGGAGUCCCGGAGCCCCAGUGAGGGGGAGGAGCCCGAAGACCAGGAUCCGAGGGACCCCGAAGAGUCUGAGGAGCGCAAGGAGAAGCAGCAGCAGCGCCGCUGCAAGCCAAAAAAGCCUACCCGCCGCGACCCGUCCCCAGAUUCCCCUUCCAAAAGGCCAUCCAUCCCCAUCCGGCGUCACUAAUGGAGGACGCCGUCCAGAUUCUCCUUGUUUUCAUGG